UUGUUCACAGAUUUGAUAGAGUAACAAAGUAUGUUCUUGAGGUCGUUCAGUCGGCUUACUGCCUUGAAACAAACAACACCACCUCUGCUGGUAUAUAAAGGCUUGUAUUUUACUGCUUUUUAGGUUAACCAGCGAACCAGCUGGGUCAGUUGAAAAUACAGAUUUAUGACAAGUAAGCAUCAAAGCUCCGAUUGGAAAAGGAAGCCCGGAGGCCGGCUUAUUGCAAGUUCGCGAGCUGAUCGAAAGAAAGUUUAGAUCAAAUGUGGAGUUUGAUUGCUUCAAAUAAACGGUGCCUGCAAAAGCUCGGAAAGACAAUGAUUGAACAACGAAAAGCCAAACAGGAAAUAAAGGGUCUCACUGACAAGACUGACAAGGAUGCAAGUUUUCAAAAAGACAAAUAGAUACCGUUUUAAUCAUGCCACUUUAAGUCGCAAAGUUUAAAAAGGCCUUCACCAUGGUUUCGAGUUCAGGGCAUGUACGCCCCUUAUCACCCCAAGAUAAGUUAACCAAUAACGGACCUUUUUACUAACAAUGUAUGCCCUCUACAAGCGAAAUACAAAGAUUUCUUUAGCGGUGUGGAAACGUUGUUUUCAGUUGUACUUAUUGCGCAAUUUCUGUUUUACAUGCCUGACAACUUCUCAGCAAAUAUACCAAUAUAGUUCAUCACAUCUGAAUAGUUUACAGUUGUCUUUUUCACCUUAAUGUAAUUUAGAUUAAAGCUGAAAUAAAGUGGAACAUACUUGGUUAUCAAUAGUUUUUUGUCCUUCGCAUAUUUUCUUGCUACGUUCAUUUUCGAGGGCAUUCCAGAGCGAAAGUCCAAUUUCUCAAGGAUUGCAUCCGCCAUAAGAAUAUUUGAUUUCACCUUUGAAGCGCCCAAGAGAGUCUAUUUUCCGUAGGUUAAUUGGCAAACUGUUCCAUUGUGAUACCCCACUAUACAUGUAAGUAAGACUUUCUUAGUGGCUUGGACACUUGUUGAAGUUUUGUUUUGUCCACGAGAUAUCCACUGGAAGAGUUUUUCAUAUCGUGGUGCUAGACUAUGAAAUUCUCUUCCAAAUUCGAUGAAAGCAGAACUGUCUCUUAGGUCAUUUCGUUAAUCUCUUUGCACACUCACUCUCCACAAUAGCAAUUAACACUAGUAAUUUUCAAUCAUGAAAUUUUGUAAUUGUAUUGUUUUUAGUAAUUUCUUGGCACGGCUCUCUUGGAAACCAAUUCUUUGUAACUGAAGAGAUACCGUGUUGAAAUAAAUAGUCUGUCUGUCUGUCUGUCUGACUGGACCCUUUGUUUGUAAUGUAUAAUAUAUUAAUUUAUGCAUGAUCUGUGUAACGGACGUUUCAGAUUUCUGAGAAACCGAAAGGUCAUUAUGGAACUCUUUGCGUUCGCUAUUCAUCUUAGCUGAACAUUGGCAUAUUGUUUAUCGAACCAGACAGGAUGCUGUGGCAAACUUAUGCGAUAACUGUCCUGUUCAGCCUGCAAUCAUCAGGGUCUGUUCAAUGGCCAGCUGGAACAUACGGAAUACCCAAACCUAGAGCCGGGUGUCCUCAGGCUGAUGGCUUUCGUUGGCAGACGGGAUGGAGACUACAGGACACAAAUUAUUUUGACGAUCGUAACAAAUCAAACAACUCAAGGUCUCCGCAAUUCCACAUCGACGGAAAAGUAAAGAAAAUUACAGUUAAUCGAUCGUUUUGCAUGAAAGAAAAUACAACUGAUGACAAGGAUAGACCCGAGUGGCCACAAGGGAAAUACUGUAUUUAUAAAAAAGGCCCCUGUCCUGAAGGUUUGACAUCAGGAUGGGUCUUCUGGAAUGACGACCAAGAACUCGAUUCAAAUAAAAAGGAUGGUCUUCUUCCUGAUGGCGAUUACGGGGAAUCUACGGAGAUUGCGUUUUGUUGUAGAACAGACGGAGACAAAGACGAUCCUGUCCCCCUUCCUUCUAAAUCUCCAUUUUUUCUGCUGGCUUACGAGUCCAUGAAAUGCCAGAAGGUGAAGGGGGCAGAAGCUAGUUUGGAGUGGAUAUAUUAUUCUACAAGUGACCGGAACAACGACGACCAACGAAAUGGCUCGUAUCCUUACAACGCUGGCAAAAUGCACCCCACCAUUUAUUACUGUUACUAUCAGGCGGUUCCUACAAAAGCACAAACCUCGGAAGUGACUUCACCAGAAGACACAUCAUUACAUGUCCUUACUUCCAAGACCUUUACGGCACCAAAGGUGACAUUAUCGUCCACCGCAACAUCGAUAACAGAAACUUCGAAAGUGACUUUCUCGCUGGUUACUCCUGCCACGACUGCAAAAACCUUAAUGGUGACGUCAUCGUCCUCCACACGAUCUUCGGAAAUGGCGUCGUCGUCUUAUGUUAUUUCUAUGACCCUGCAGUCUCCGGAAGUAACGCAUUUAUCUCCGAUUACUCCUGCAGCACAUACGCUGAUAAAAACAACACCCAGAGUUAAACCGUGGACAUCAACAACUAAAUUACCACCAAAGAUAGGAUGCAACGAAACCCUAACUGCAGUCAAUGGCACUUUCCAGUCAUCAAACUAUCCAAGAAAUUAUCCGGAUGGACAGUACUGCUUCUGGAGAAUCACGGUUAUCACAGUACAACAAAUCUACUUAAUAUUCUCAAGCUUUAGUUUGCAAAAUGAAAAUAACACAGACGUGCUGUUUGUGUAUGAUGGAGAUAAUGCGACGGGGAAGGCAUGGAAAAUGUUUUACGGAGGUCACCCUCCCCCAAAGGAAGGAAUCUGCAUCUCGUCAAAUCAGAUAUUCGUGGUAUUCAAAUCAGACAAGGAGGGAUCUUUCCACGGCUUCAGCGUUUCAUAUUAUGGUGUUAAUAAUUCGGAGUCCUGUGCCAUUGCGGCCUCGCAGCCGUCAAAGGAAAGUGGAAAGAGGAAUGAAACAAAACUAACACAGAGGAAAGGUUUAAAUGUGGUAGCUGUUAUUGUUCCAGUGGUGUUAGCAAUUCUUCUAGCUGCCCUGGUGGUAGCUGGAAUCUGUUAUAUAAGGAAAAGGAGAAAAAGAGUUGAAGGACCAGAAGAUGACAUUUUACUUAGGAAGAGGAGAAAAAGAGUUGAAGGACAAGACGAUGAAGUUUUAAGGUGUUUUUAUUACUUUUUAUUACAAAAAGUUAAUCAGCGAACCAACUGCGUCAGUUGGAGAUACAGAAUUAUGACAAGUAUGAAAGCUCCGAUUGGAAAAGGAAGCCUGGAGGGCAGAGUGCAAGUUCGCGAACUGAUCGAAAAAACGUUUAGUUCCCAUUUAGAGUUUUAGUGCUUGAAAUGAAAUAAACGGUAACUGCAACAGCUAGGAAAAGACAUUGAUUGAACAACGAAAAUCCUAAUCGGAAAUAAAGGGUCUCAUUGACAAGACUGACAAGGAUGCAAGUUGUUUAAAUACUAAUGAUACCGUUUUAAUCAUGGUACAUUUAGUCACAAACUGAAUUUAAUGAGGCCUUCACAAUGGUUUCAUGUACGCCCCUAUCACCCUGAGAUAAAUCAGCUACUAACGGAACUUUUUGCUAACAAUGUAUGUCCUCUACAUGCGAAAUACAGAGUUUUCUUUAACGGUGUAGAAACUGAUUGUAUUCCGUUGUACGCAUUGCGCUGUUUUUCAAGACUGACAAUUGCAACUUCUCACUUCUCAGCAAAUAUUUCAACAUAGUUCAUCACAUUAGAAUAAACAUGGGCAGUUGUCUUUUUUACCUUAAUGUGAUACAGUUUGAAACUGAAAUAAAGUGGAACAUAUUUAAAUUUCAA